AUGCAGACGCCUGGCUUCACGCUCGCGCCGCGCGAUCCGUUCGCCGACGCAAAGGAAACGCUCUCGUCGUGGGACAAAUGCAUGGCCAAGGACUACUGCAAAUGGCCCGUCAUUGCCGUCAUCAUCCUGGGCGGCCUCGUCGCCUUCAGCGUCGUCUUCUGCAUCGCGCGCUGCAUCUGCUGCGGUGCCGAGUGCGCCCUCUGCUGCUGCAAGUGCUGCACCUGCUGCUGUGGGCGCAGCGACUCCGGGCACCGGCGCAUGAAGAGCGAGAACCAGGCCUAUCCGCCGCCACAGCCGUAUCCGCAGCAGCCGUACGCGAACGCGCCCGCAAACCCAUACGCAGAAGCAAGGUCGUUCGCGCCUCCACCGCCGCCGCCGCAGAUCAGCACCCAGUACCAGUCGCAUCCCACGCCCUCGUUCAACCCGCAGACCAACCCAAAGUUCGCGUCCGCCGCAGCCCGCCCUGCAUCGCCCGAGCGGCCGCAGUAUGCGACGUUCGACGCCCGCAGCCGGCCGGUCAACGAAGAUGCACUGCCCGCGAUGCCGAGCUGGAGCAAUGCGCGGAGCGUGCAGGUGCAGGUCGAGGACGAGGCUGUGCCCGAACGGCGGGGCGACGUCGAGAUGGACAGACUGCACUACACCAACAGUCCGCCCAACACGUCCACAGCGGGCGUGGCUGCUGGGGCAGCAGGGGGUGGAAUGCGAGCCUCGCCCGGGCCAGGGCGAAGUCCAGUAUCGCCGCUGCACAGCACCGACGCAUACAACCAUCAAAACUAUUACCAGGACCAGAAUCAAAACCAUUACCAGGACCAGAAUCAGAUCCAAUACCAGGACCAGAAUCAGAUCCAAUACCAGGACCAGAAUCAGAUCCAAUACCAGGACCAGACCCAGAACCACAUUCAAUCCCAUAACCAGAACACAUCCCCCGCAUACGCACAACACGACUACAACCGCGCACCCUCUCCCGCGCACUCCCACAGCCAGUACAGCCAAGCCUCCGACCCCUACGACCGCCGCUCCCCAGUCCAACCGCAGCCCUACAGCCAGCCCUACAGCCAGCCCUACAACGCCCCCUCGGACCGCUUCCCCUCCCCCGCCCCGCCCAGCUACCACACCACAGCACCGAACCCCUACGCAUACGCCCCGGCCCCCGUGCAGCCGUUCGACCAGCCGCGCAGUUUUACGCCCGGGAGCGGCCGUGCGGGUGGCAACGUGGCCUACGACCCCGUGCCGGAUCGAAGCCAGACUGCCACCCCGAGCGCCUACCCGGGGCAGCAGACCUACCAGGCCUUCCAACCGCAAGGGCAGCCACAGCCGGGGUCGUACACGGGGGUUGCGAGGAAGCCUGUUGACGGGAGUCUGAGGGACGUUUAG